ACUAGAAGGCUUGUACAGACAGAAAACAAUAUGGAUCUGGACAGUAUUGAGGGCCUGAAUGAAGUCCGUCCAGCAGUGUACCGUGCUGCGCUGAAGCUUCGCUCCCUACAGAAGCUGUGUCAGAUGCACAUGGUAACUCUGCGGGAGCUGCGCCCGGCUCUCAGCCUCCUGAGUGAAUCGGCCGACCCCCAGACACGACUCUCUGAGGCAGAGGUGAGACAGGGCCUGGAAAGACUCUUUCAGAGUGUGUCUGAAGAACAUCCAGGUCAGGUCUUUACAGAGGCGAUCGAUCAGACUACCAGACUCCUCUUCAAGCUCUAUGAUAGGGAGCAGACUGGAUCUGUGCUUCUCCACUCAGUGGAGGCAGCACUGACUGCACUCUCAGGAGAUUCACUCACAGACAAACACAGAGCUCUAUUCAGGUUGGGAGAGAGCCUCAGUGGUCACCUGGGCAGCGAGGAUAGUACGGUGACCCGUAGUGGACUGAGAGUCCUGCUUCAUGACCUCAGCCAGGUGCCAGCUGUUGUACAGGAGAGCCAUGUGUUUGGCCAUGUGGAGACUGCAGUGAGAUCAUGUUUCAGUGGGGUUUUGACAGCAGGUGUGUGUGAAGAGGUGUCUGUGGGCUGGCUGCAGUCCGAGCCUCGGCUGCUCCUGUGGCUCUCUACACUAUACAGGAUCUCUGCCAGCGAAGCCGUUGUCCAUGCAAUCCGCUGCCGGGCCUGUAAAGCCUUCCCCAUUACUGGCCUCAG